UUCCGAUGUUUUUAGACUGUGCCGCGUCGCGUAGAUUUUCAUACACAUCGCGCACCCCCUGUACCCGUAAGCGGAACCAGCAGUGAAAACACCAAACACGAUUUGCACGAUUUUACCCAGGCUGCGGGUAGUGCGUAGCGCCCACCACCCGGGGGAGGGGGACUGAUACGUAAGCUAGCGUGCACGACUCUUUCUAGUGGUUCCGAGAGGGCUACCCGGGGAAUCUUGACGGUCACAAUCAGCAGCAGCAACAGCGGCAGCAGCGGUGAGGGUGAGCAGCAGACAGGGACCACGAUCCACCAAGCGCUACGCUUCCAGGCGCUCCCCGAAUAGUCCAACAACUGGACCAGAAGAUAGUAGGAGGAGGAGGCCCAACCCUUCUCGCUUUGUUUUGUCGUUGUCACCAACCCGUCCCUGGCCGAAAUCAAUCAGGGUCCCUCAAAAACCAACACACCGACCGAAGAACGUUGAGCAUAUCGUAUCCACUACGGAAGCCCACUCCAAUUGUCCAUUGGUGCGUUAGCUUGGGACUGUGCCCGUAUACCUACGCUCUAGCAUGUGGUCGUUCUUCUCACGCGACUCGUCAAAGGACUUUCCGUACGAGAUCGGCGAACCCGUAGCACAGUUUGAUGCAAAGAGCAUCUGGGCGCUGCACCGGGGCAAGCGGAAAGGCACUAACGAUGAGGUGUCCGUCUUCACGUACGAUAUUCGAGCCGGCACGGAGAUCAAACUGGAGCUAGCAAAGGUCGCGGUCAAACGGCUGAAAACGCUGCGUCAUCCUAGCAUCUUGCAGUUCCUCGACAGCCUCGAGACGGACAAGAUGCUGUACGUGGCGACCGAGCCGGUCGAGCCGCUCGGCACGCACAUAACUCGGCUGGCCAGCGAGGGCCCGCAGCGUGAUCUCUAUUUGGCCUGGGGUAUCUUUCAGAUUACGCGAGCACUGUCGUUCCUCAACAAUGAUGGCAAUUUGCGGCACAACAAUGUCUCCGUCUGGUCCGUGUUCGUCAAUACCGCUGGCGAGUGGAAGCUGGGCGGUCUCGAAUACGUCUCUUCAGCCGAUCUACCGGCUGCACCACCGGUGAAAAUUCCUCCCUCGUUGGAGAUCUACGAUCCGCCAGAACGCAACGACGCUAACAAACUGCGGAUGGCGACGAAAUGCUCGAGCGACAUGUGGGGUCUAGGCUGUCUGGUAUGGGAAUCCUUCAAUGGGCCGCUCAAAACGCGUGGAAACCUGAAGAACAUCGAGGGUAUACCAAAGUCACUUGCUCCGCUGUACUGCGAGCUGGUGGGCGCGGUACCGGCCAACCGCCCUAACCCGGCAGAUGUCAUCACCAAGUGCCGCAAGCCGGGUGGCUUCUUUAAGAAUGAGCUGGUUGAUUCGCUGCUUUUCCUGGAGGAAAUUCAAAUCAAGGACAAGGCGGAGAAGACGCGGUUCUUCAGUGCCCUCACUGCACAGCUAGACAAUUUUCCCGACACCGUGUGCAGGCACAAAAUAUUACCGCAACUCAUAACGGCCUACGAGUACGGUGAUGCUGGAUCCGCCGUAUUGGCACCGAUGUUCAAGUUGGGAAGAUUGCUCGACGAAGCGGAGUACCAGAAACGUAUCGUACCGUGCGUGGUGAAGCUGUUCGCCUCGACCGAUCGUGUGACACGAUCGCGCCUGCUUCAGCAGCUCGAUCUCUUCAUCUCGCACCUGCAACCGAACGUGGUAAACGAUCAGAUUUUCCCCCAGAUAGCACACGGCUUCCUCGAUACAAAUCCGACUAUUCGGGAGCAAACGGUUAAGUCCAUUAUUCAUCUGGCACCGAAACUGAAUUACAACAAUCUGAACGUCGAGGUAUUACGCCACUUUGCGCGCCUGCAAUCCCGCGACGAUCAGGGCGGCAUUCGAACGAACACUACCGUCUGCCUGGGCAAGAUAGCGCCGCAUCUUCAUCCACAGGUACGGCAACGUGUGCUUGUGUCGGCAUUCAUACGCGCGAUGCGGGAUCCAUUUCCGCCAUCGCGUGUCGCUGGCAUUCUAGCGCUAGCCGCCACCCAGCACUACUUCCUGCUUAACGAGGUGGCGACUCGCAUUCUGCCCGCGCUCUGCCCCUUGACGAUGGACCCGGAGAAGUCGGUGCGGGAUCCGGCUUUCAAGACCAUUCGCGGCUUUCUUGGUAAGCUGGAAAAGGUGUCGGAAGAUCCCAGUCUCCGGGAAAGCAUGGAGGCUGACGUUCACACGGCUACGCCUUCGCUGGGUAAUGCGGCCGCCACCUGGGCCGGUUGGGCCGUGACAGCCGUGACAGCCAAAUUCUACCGCAGUCAAAGUGAUACUGCCCGGCCGCGCCCGCCUUUAACCGGUAAAACAUUGAGUAAACCUGCUUCUUUGGAGCAACCGUCUAGUAGCAGCAUUUCGACAACUACUAGCAGCGUCACCUCGAUGACUUCGUUGGAACACGAAAGUGCCGAUACCUCGGCAUCGGCUAGCGACUACGGUCCGGACAACUGGGACCAAGAAAACUGGGGCGACAUGGACACUUCGCAGGAUCCAAGCAGCCCGAUGGCCGGAACGUCGAACCAGCUGAACACCACCCUCAACAUGGUCGGCAGUGUAAGCGAUGUGCGCGACGGUUGGGACAACGAGGAUUGGGGUAGCUUGGAGGAGGAUCCGAAUGAGACGGAACUGAACGAAAAGGACGAAGAUGAGCACAAUCAGCAAACGCAGCAGCAGAAGCAUGCGACGACGAUGAUGCGUUCGUCCCCGUAUGCUGGAGCCGUGCCCUCGAUCAACAGCACAACCACUAUCAACAGUGCAAGUAUCAGCAUAACCGCUACUACCACCAUCACCACAGCCGGUAGUAGUAGUAAUAAUAGUACCACCAACAACACGACCAGCUCCUCGAUGACCGGGAGCACGGUGGUGAAGGCCGGCAGUAACAGCAGCAGUAGUAUGAACAACAGUAGCAACAGUAGUAGCAGCAACAGCAGCAGCAGUACCAGCACCACGAACAACAACAACUUAUCAAAUCAUACGGGCAGCCCGAGCAAGAUGAUCGCGAUGAAGAACAUGAAUAAUCUGCUGAACAGUGCAGCGGCUAGCGGUGCGACGACGGUGACCACCACAACCAACACUUCUAACUGGAACAACGGUGGUGAUGGUUGGGGCGAGGGAGACUUCGAGCCAUUGGAUGAGCCAACCACAGGAAAUCUGAAGCUGGACGAGGCACGACGGAAACGCGAAGAGAAGAAGAUGCAACGGCAGCGCGAACUUGAAGCCAGGCGUGCAGCACGUGCCGUCGGUGCUGGUAGUGGUCCCAUGAAACUGGGUGUGAAGAAAAUUUAAGAUCGCUCUAUUACAACUACGAAAGUGUUUGUAUUGCGUAGAGUUUAAGGGAGUUCGAGUGCAGUUAACGGUGGCAAACGACAACCAGCCAGCAACAAUAUGGGACAGCAUUGUGGUGAAGCCUUUUUUAGAAUGUUAAAAACAUACGAUGAUAGUCAUUCUUUCUCCCAUCAAUUUCCCAGUCUGUCUAAAUACGUGUAAACUCGCACCACCUCUGUGGAUUUAUGUUGUAUCGGCGGUGAGGAUGGGAGCGAAAACCGCAAGGGAAUUUAAACGAUAUUUGUUUUAAAAAAAACGGUUGCUUGGUAGUACAGCAACACGCUCUGGGCCAUACCGGUGGUUAAUGCUGAGAUAUCACACCAUUUAAACUUGUGAAGUGGAAGGAAUCAAUGUAAAGACGGUAGGACGAUACGGAACGAAUACAAUUCAACACAAACAAUUCAAAUUCGGCCUGUGGUUUGCUUGACUCAGUAUCUGAAUGAAUUCUCGAUUGGCUGGCCUGAUUUGAGAGUGUUGGAAGUCGACCUCCAGGUUCGUGGCUCAACUGUCUUUCAGGAGGUUUGGCAUAGCAAAGCAAGGCCUACAACUACUAGGGUUUAGCUUCAGUUGGGGUGACAAUCCAAAGGGCAAUCAUUGAUUUUCAUCCGACUUCGAUAUGAUAUGGCCGGGUAUUCCUUCUUAUUUUAGGGUGAUGCUAGUAAUGUAUAUAGAUACAGCUAAUAGAAUAAUUAGCUCAACCAAUGGUGUGAUUCUAGACAGACACUGUAACCAUUCCGGCGAGCAGGAAAAACAAAAUGAACCAAAAAAAAAUAACAAAAUUCCUUAAUCAGUAAAACAAAUAACUUGAAAAUCUGUGUCGGAAGAAUGGUUGAGAGGACUGGUGGAUAGGCGUGAUCGGCCAAAUCAUAAAAAAAAAACAAAAACGAAAAAAAACUUUGCAACUCGAUGCAAACUUUGCAAAAACAUGAUAAGUCAGAUAGCUUUAAUAGAAAAUAUACGAAUUUAUAUUCUUUGAAUCAAUGCAAACCGACGCUGACGAACUAGGAUCGAGUGCGAACCCGUGCGAAUCGUAUUGGCGUAACCGGUGGGACAGGAGAGAACCAUUUUUUUUAUUGGUUUGUGAUUUAUUUCUGCCGUCAAGGGACCUACAUUACCAUGCGCCAGCGGGAAUGCUCCGACCCAGUGCUCCCCAGCGAUUUGGUAGUAGGUGUUCAGUUUUUGGAAAGGCGGCGGCUCUACGGUGCCAGAACCGUGCAUCGAGCCUGUCACAUUAGAAACCGAAUUAUACAAUUGGUACUCCAUAACCCUCCAUAAAUUCCCCAUUCCAAUGCCCAACUCUUUUCAUUACUGUUCGUUUCGGCUCCUGGGUGAAGGAGUGUCGGUGUCAUUAGAUUCCAGCUCGAUGGCCGAGUUCGAAUGUAGUUCUAUUCCUUUCUCCUGUUUGCGCUUGGAAUGUGCCAGUUCCGCCAGUAUACGGAAUCCGUGUCUCUUUAUCAGCCCCCCCCCCUCCCCCUCCCCACCCACGAGCUCCUCUCUAUCUCUGUCUCAUUCUCUCUCGCACACUCAAAGACCCUUCCAUGGGAUGAAUCGAAUCUAGAUAGGUAGAGUAAACUAUAUGAGAAGAAAAUUAAUAAUAAAAGAGAAUCAUACUAGAUACCGUGGGGAUUAUAUAGCAAACCGAGAACACAGGAAGAUAGAAAGAAAAAAUACACACAACCUAGGUAGCGUAAAAUUCGUAUUCGUAACCCUAAAUAGAAGCACUUCAGUCAUUUUUAAAAGAAAUAUAGCACACGACAACAAAUUAAGCAAAUGUUCUUUAAAAAGUAAACAAAACAGUGAAGAAAAGGAUGUAAUAUAGUAAACUAAACUACACAAUCGCGUAUACCGCUCGCAAGGACACCGAAGAAAACAAAGAAAAAAUAAUCGGAAUGGCAUCAGGAAACAUUAGAGGAGAAACAAUCAAUUCGGUCUGUAACUGGGUUUAUGAGUGUCUUUGAGUGUAUAAGAAUGCUCGCGCGCCCACAUGUGUGUGUGUGUGUUUGUGAGUGUGUUUGUGUGUGUGUGUGUGGGCUCUGUGAUUUGAGUUAUUGUAUCAAUUCACGGUCGCUCGAUUCGAUGUUGAUAAUGGCCCUAUGUGCCUCUUCUAAUGAAACUUCUCUUCUAUCCUUGUCCUCCCACACAUGAUUCCUUGUUUGGCUUUCCAUUCAAUCCCUAUGUAACCCUGUCUUCUGUCCUCCUCUUAUUGGCGCGAACGAUAAACUCCCUUUGCGAUCAUAAGUUGGCCUGGCUUUGAAGAAUUGUGGGGUUUGGCUUGAAAGAAGUAACCUGCACGGAUACGGAGGAGGAGUGCGGUCAGGGCAGUUUAGUUGGUUUGGAUCGUCGCAAAGCGAGUGGAGCAGCGCAUUGCAUGCAUCAUUGUGAUCACUGGCUCAGUGGCUCGCCAUAAGCGUAUAAAACCCCGGUGGUGUCUGCCAUUGGCACGCACGCUAGUACUGAAUCCUGGCUGUUGGAACCGAGGAAGGAGAAAAGGAAGGAAUAUGUCUAAGCAGGAGAUCGGCAAUUUAUUAAUAGAAAAAGAAAAAGAAGAAGAAGAACACAAGCGAGCAAAACAAUGCCUUUUAUUAGCGACAAACAGUUGGGACACAACUACUAAAACGAGGAAAGGCUGGAAUAAAACAGAUUCAAAUCAUAUACGUAAAUAUCAGAAUCAGAA